AUGGCGGAUGCCAUGUGCGCUGGGGCCGGGGAGAGAGAGUGCGCCCUCGCAGGGAGUAGAGCAACAAACUGGGUCUCUGGACAAGAGCCCAAGGGGCCAGAAGAACUCAAGCUCCUCACACUAGACACCGCAACCCCACAAGCGACUACUUACCAGCCCACUACACGGAACUCGCCAAAGGCGAACAGCGGAGGAGGCCUAGCCCGAGCCACAAGGGCAGCGGAACCAGCCCACACUGCACCCGACCUUCCACCGCCAGAGACUGCCAACCUCGCAACAGACCAAGGAACUCCCACAGCAAGGCCGACAACAUUCAUCGGCGGCCAUAACAGCGGUCUCAUCCAGCAGCCAACUGUAUCACACAGUGCCCAAACAUCCGUCCUUACAGGCGCUCACCUCGGGAAGUUCAGAAGAG